AUGUGUAUCCUUGGGAUUGGUCCACAGGUAGAGGUGCAGAGUCUUGAACACAGAGCCCUCCCUGUUGAGCAUAAACCAGGCUACGACAUCUUAACCACUGACACACUUCACCUCCUAACCAUUCAUCCUGGACUGCCUCUCUGCUCUGCUCUCCAUCCACUAUCCUCCACAGACAUACAGUCUCAUCUGCCACAAUUGCUGUUUACCAGCUUACCUGACCCAGCUCUACAACAGACAGGACAGGACUAUCUGAGGAGGAUGAGCAACAUGGCCACGGAGAUCGUUGCCUUCAUCGUGACCAUAUCUGGAUGGAUCCUGGUCUGCUCCACGUUGCCUACUGACUACUGGAAGGUGUCCUCCGUGGAUGGGACGGUCAUCACCACGGCGACCUUCUGGUCCAACCUGUGGAAGACCUGCGUCACGGAUUCUACAGGAGUGUCCAACUGUAAAGAUUUCCCCUCCAUGCUGGCUCUGGACGUGUAUAUCCAGGUGUGUCGAGGCCUGAUGAUUGCGUCUGUGUGCCUGGGGUUCUUUGGAGCCACCCUGGCCCUGAUGGGAAUGAAGUGUACCAGGAUCGGAGGCUCAGAGAGCACCAAGGCCAGACUAACAGGCCUCUCAGGCCUUCACUUCAUACUCAAUGGGCUUUGCUCCUUGACUGCAUACUCCCUGUACGCACACAGGAUCACAUCAGAGUUCUUUGACCCACUCUUUUUUGCUCAAAAGUUUGAACUGGGCGCAGCGCUCUUCAUUGGCUGGGCUGGCUCUGUGCUCUGCAUUUCAGGAGGACUCAUAUUCUGCCUCUCCUUGUCAGAGGGCUCCAGGCAAGUUUGUACAAUUAAUUAAAUGAUGAUCAAUUACAGAAAAUGAUUACUUCGAUAGAC